AUGCAUUUCGUGAAAAAAGUGCCUACCACCGAGCAGGAAAAAGCUGCAAAAGAAAAAGAGCACGCAAAGCGUUCGGCUCAAUUUCUUCAUGCUCGCGAUCGAAUCAUCGCCAAACGAGACGUCGGAGAGUACGAUGAUGAGCUUUUGUCGUUGACUCAAGCGAUUUUAGAGAAAAAUGCCGAUAUUUAUACGUUCUGGAAUAUUCGAAGAACUGCAAUUCAGCAGAGAAUUGAAGCGAAUGAAUUGAUUCAGAAGAAUCCAGAAAUUGGGGAGGAGGAAAAAUCGAAAAAUGCUCAAAAAUUGGAAAAUCUGUUGGCAGGAGAGCUGUUUCUGUCCUAUGAGUGUAUAAAGUCAAACCCAAAAUCCUACUCUGCCUGGUACCAACGCGCCUGGGUCCUUCAACGCCAAGUGGCUCCAGAUUUCGCCAAAGAGCUGGCUUUGUGUGAGAAAGCGCUUCAGAUGGAUUGCAGAAACUUCCACUGUUGGGACCAUCGUCGAAUCGUCGCCCGCCUCGCUAACAGAACGGAAGAACAGGAAUUAGAAUUUUCGAAUAAGCUGAUUGAUGAGAAUUUCUCGAAUUAUAGUGCUUGGCAUUAUAGAUCAAUCGCUCUGAAAAACAUCCACCGUGAUGCGAAAACUGGAGAGACGAAAAUCGAUGAUUCGUUGAUUGGUAGUGAGCUUCAGAAAGUCAAAAAUGCGUUCUAUAUGGACGCUGAAGAUCAGAGUGCGUGGACCUAUACUCGUUGGUUGUUGGAGGUUGGCAGUGGGAAGGAAUUUCUCCGUCCUGAAUCCGCCGCGCCCAUCGAACUGAUUUCCGCGUCUUUCCAUGGAAACAACACGACUUUGGUGUUCUCUCGAGCCGUCACCAUUCCAUUUUUGCUCACUUUUGUGGAUACAAAAGAUACGACUAGGUGGAGAGCUUUCUCCUCCACGUCUCCGCACCCAACAUCGAGUCGUGUCUGGCAAUAUCUCUCGGAUUCCCCCCUUCGCGUAGUCAUUUCCAGUCCAAAUGCUGAAAAUGUGGAAUGGAGUGAUUUGAAGGAGAGAUAUGUGAAUAGGCGACGCCUAGAGACCAUAUACGACGUCGUGGAGACACCAGAACCCGGAUAUAUUCAAGAACUACUUCAGGAUUGUCAUCAGCUAAUCGAGCUGGAGCCAAAAAACAAAUGGCCGUUGUAUAUGAAGACGUUGGUGUUGAUGGAGUAUCAACCCAAUAAGGCCCACGACGAGAUCAUCUUCAACCUGAAAACCCUCUCCGAUUCCCUGGAUUCCAAACGUUCGGAACUCUACAAAUCCCUCCUUUCUCGCCAGAAACUCAAUCAUUCGAUUCGUGAGCAAUUCGACCGCCUUCUCGGAAAUGAACACGAUCAAUUGGUCGUUCGUUAUGCCGAAUUGACCAGUUUGGAGGGUGUUGAGUACUUGGCUGGAUUGGUUGGAAACGCGGAUUUCCAGGGAAAUCUAUUAAAGGAAAUUCAUCGAAUUGUGCUCCCCAAUUUGCAUAGUUUGACGAUUAGUGAGAAUCCAAUUGAUAGCCUCUCGCCAUCGCCAUCUUUAUCCCAUUUGACAUUCCUCUCAAUUGCCGGAACUCAAAUCUCCACCGUUCAAUCCGUAAUGCCAUUCUUCCAAACCACCCCCUCACUGGAUCGUCUUCUUUUCGCAGAGACUCCGUUGGUCGAGAAAACGGAAGAAUUGAGAGCUCAACUUCCUGGCGUUCGUCUCAUUCCACAUUGGCUCUGA